AUGGUGCUCAUCAAAUCUAGGAAAUCCAUUGUCACUGCCACGAAUGUGUGCAUCAAUUCAUCUUCCAAAUUUUACCUUACAGAAGAACAGGUUCAGUCACUUGGAGACAAAGAGUUCUUGACUGCAUCUUAUAGAAGAUUCCUUCGAAUGAGACAAUUCAUUUCCAAAAGGCAAAUGGUGAAGGAGUCAUAUACGACAUACCUUAGGUACAAGUUCAAGAUUGAGGAUUUUGAAUUAAAGAGAAGUAAAUUACUAUCUGUUUCUGGGAUGAGUGCUAUGGAUUUUCGAAGCUCGGUCCAGAAAUCCCUCUGUUUUCUUAUCAAGGCGUUCUCGAUUAGUGAUGCCUACUCUAAAGACAUGAUUGAUGACUCUCAUAAAUGUAAAAAGAUUAUAAAAAAUUUGUUGACUGUUGACUAUCAUCGGAAUAGAAUUAUCAAUCGAUCAAGCAAUAUGUAUCAAUAUUAUAGAAAGGAUUUCACAUUUUUCACUGAUGGUCAAAAUAUUGGGUUGAAGCAAUUCGAAGAGAAUCUAAUGCGACUUAAUGAGUGCUUAGGAACAAGAUUAUAA